AUGAACGGAGAGACGGAGGAACACCGCGAAAAGCGGAUACACGAGUUAUGGCGAAAGCUCGACACCUCGGCAGCGGGGCAGAUAGACUUGACAGGACUCAAGAAGGGACUGAAGAAGAUCGAUCACCCGUUGAAGAAUGCCGACGACCUCCUCCACGACGUUCUGAAAGCAGUAGACACUUCCGGCGAUGGUCGAAUCCAGUUCCACGAGUUCAUGGUGUUUGUUGAGCAUGCUGAGAAAGAGCUGUACCAACUGUUUCAGAGUAUAGAUCGCGACCACAGCGGUGCUUUGGACAAGGAUGAACUUCGCAUGGCGUUCAAGAGGGCAGGGCUUACUAUUUCUUCGAACAAACUGGAUCAGUUCUUUGACGAGGUCGAUACGAAUCACGAUGGAGAAAUCAGCUUCGAGGAGUGGAGAGACUUUCUACUUUUCAUACCAGCCGGCGUGCCAAGUCUGCGUGCAGUCCUCACUUACUAUUCGGCCACGGCGAAUGUCAACCAGGAAGGAGACGUGCACAUCAACGAUACUCUCCAGGGCUUCGGCUACUUCAUAGCUGGAGGCAUGGCAGGUAUGAUCUCACGGACAACCACGGCUCCCUUGGACCGUUUGAAAGUGUAUCUUAUUGCUCAGACCUCUCCGAAAGAAGCUGCCGUUGAUGCCGCCAAGAAAGGCGCUCCAGUAGCAGCUAUCAGGCAUUUCGCGCAACCCCUGCGCGACGCAUGUAAGGAACUGUGGCGAGCAGGCGGCAUACGAAGUCUAUUUGCUGGGAACGGCCUCAACGUCGUUAAGGUCAUGCCCGAAUCAGCGGUCAAGUUCGGUGCAUACGAGGCAGCGAAGAGAUUCUUCGCCAACAUCGACGGCUCAGAUCCCAAGCAUCUUCAUCCGACGGCCCAAUUCCUAGCUGGCGGCUUCGGUGGUGCCGUAGCACAGUGCAUGGUCUAUCCGCUCGACACACUGAAGUUUCGAAUGCAAUGCGAAACAGUCCAAGGAGGCCUGCGAGGCAAUGCGCUGAUAACAGAAACAGCUAAGAAGAUGUGGCGGCAAGGCAAACUUGGGCCUUUCUACCGAGGUCUCGGUAUGGGUCUCGCCGGCAUGUUUCCCUACUCGGCCAUCGAUCUGCUCAUCUUCGAAAAGUCCAAGGCAUUCUACCUCUCACGCCGUGCCAAGGACCUGCGCUGCCACGAGUCAGACGUCACUAUGAGCAACGUAUGGACAGCCGCUAUCGGCGCCACUUCAGGAGCGAUCUCCGCUACUGUUGUCUACCCGAUCAACCUGUUACGAACACGGUUACAGGCUCAGGGCACGGUGUUGCAUCAAGCGACGUACACCGGAAUAGUCGAUGUCACGCAGAAGACGCUUCGCAACGAGGGUUUCAAGGGCUUGUUCAAAGGCGUGACGCCGAAUCUCUUGAAAGUGGCGCCCGCAGUGAGCAUCAGUUAUGUUGUCUAUGAGACUCGAAGCGGUUGA